AUGGAGGCUGCUGUUCAGGUCCUCUUCUCCUAUGCUGUUGCAGCAGGAACCGUAAUCACACUGGGCAGCUACAACAAAGUCCAGAAUAAUUGCUACAAGUAAGUUGUGCAAAAAAUCGCUUGAUUGACACAUUUUGGAAGGAGUUUCACCCAGUCUAUCAAAUUUUGUUUACCACUUCCACAUGGUUGUGUCAGAGAUAAAUAAAAUAAUGAGCCACAUCCCCAUAUGCUUUCUACCUGAGUUUUAAAAGUUCACCAAAGUAAUGGCUGGACAUUAUAUGGGUGGAAUUAUCUGCUGCUGUUUCUAAUCUCGUCCUUUCACACUCUUGAUACAUGAGAGAUGCUUGGGGCUGCUGAGAUGUUGCAUUUAUUUUCUUAUUUAUUUGCAUAACCUUAAAGUUUCCUUACCACUCUGACCUUUUAGCUUCAUGAGGUUCAGCUAGUGAUAUCACAAGAAUUUUUCUGGUCUCUUCAAUUUGAAACUGGAGUUGCAGACCACAAAAUAAACCAACCAAAAUUUUGAAACAAUGCGGAUAACACAGGAAUGGAUACUGUGUAGUCACAGACUCCUCGUGAGAUAAAACAAUUCUUUGUUACUGUUUGAAUUAUUUUAAUACUUACCAACAAUACUGGGGUGCAGCCAUGCUAUUUGCACUGUAAUCAAGACAGUUAAGCACUCCAAACAUUGUAGGUGCUUUAAGAAUAGCGUCACAAACAGUUUUGGCACGCUAAAGUUCAUGCAAAUCUUUAUGUGACAGUGCCCAUUAAAAGCAAAUACGCAUACUGAGUUCUCUCUCUCUCUCUCUUUCUUUGUAUUUAUGUGUGUACGUUGUGUGUGUGCAGGGACAGUUUGUGGUUAUGCUUGCUCAACAGCAGCACCAGCUUCUUCGCUGGGUUCGCGGUCUUCUCAGCCCUGGGCUACAUGGCCCACCAACAGGGGGUUCCAAUCAACAUGGUGGUUCAGUCAGGUUUGAUUAAACAUUUCUAAUACUGAAAGAAGGAAAUACAUUGAGAACAGGGAAAAUCAGUAGAGAGAAAGUAUUGGUUUUUGCAUCUACAGGUCCUGGACUGGCAUUCAUUACUUAUCCUCAGGCUGCAGCCAUGAUGCCCCUGCCUCAGCUGUGGGCAGCCUGCUUCUUCAUCAUGCUUAUUCUCUUGGGACUGGACACACUGGUAAGAAGAAGGUGAAGGGAACAUGCAAUAUGAUGAUUUUGUUCUUGCAAAUCUGUUAGAUCUUUAAAUGAUAGAUUCAAUACAAUUAAUGCAUAUGCCACACCCAGAUUUACAUCAGCUUGCUUUUUGAUCUGUUAUCCAAGUUAUACCACCUUGUAGUAAUGUUUUUCUGUCGAUUUGAAUGUGUAAGUUUGCAGGUCUGGAAACAAUAACUUCAUCAGUGAUCGACAUGUUCCCCGGAGAGAUGCGCAAACCCUGGCGCAGAGAAAUCUUCCAUAUGAUUUUCUGCUCUGUCUGCUUUAUCCUACAUAUCUCUCUCUCCACUCAGGUACCACACAGACCUGUACAUCCUUACCCGAAUACACAAGCAUACAAUAAACAUAUUCUCACAUUAAGGGUAUUUUCAUUAAUUCCACAUAAAGUCUGUGCUCUGUGCUUCCAGGGAGGGAUGUAUGUGUUCCAGCUGAUUGACUACUACGGAGCUAAUGGAGCGUGUAUAUGGUUUGUGUCACUUGUCCAGUGUGUAGCUGUUGGGUGGGCCUUUGGUGAGUGGUAAAAGAAACGUCAAUUCUUCACAUUAAUCGAGGUUAUAGAUUGUUUUCCAUACAGCUUUAAUAUGAAUAAUAUACACAGUGCAAAAUAUACAAAACCUAGAGCAUGACACAGAGCAGGAGGAGUGCUGAUUCCAUAGGAGAAGGAAUCCACAAACAUCAGCUAAUUCCGGCCUCACAGCCUCCUAAAUGUUGAGGGCAAGAUUUUUUUUUCAGCAUUGUUCAAAGGAUGACCAGCUACCUGGAAAAAACAAGUUAGUGGACACCACUGUACAAAAAACUGGGAUCCCAGGAUCUUCGGAAUGUCUGGAGCACACCGGUAUGAUCUGGCAUCAGAUCCAGCUGAGAUGAACAAUUUAAACAGUCUGCCUUUAGCUUUUUUCGAAGUGCUUGAACCCAUCACAAAUCUUGUGAGGACCUAUUUCCAGGACCUUCAAGAUGGAAAGAACAAGCAUCUGAGCAACAUCAGCUGAUACAGACAUGGCAUUCUUGAUCUGCUCUCAAGUCUUGUGGAAGUGCUCGAAAUCAUGACUGGAACUGACUCUCUUAGAGUUUCUGGACACAAUCAUAAGGGCUGUUGGGCCAGCACUAACAUCAGGGUGGAAGUGGACCCCAUAAGAAGUGGUGCAGCAAGCAAAGUUGGCACUCCAGCAUGUGGAGAUCGUGGGCCAAGUUCAGCAGGGAAGAUGAGAUCUGGGCUUAAGUAAGGACAGACCCCUGUGGAGCAAGGCAACAUUGGCAGAAUCAGAAUGGGGGAAGUUGGUGGACCUGGAGAUCUGGCAUCAGGAAGAGGCUGCGAGAUGCGCAAAAGUGGUCUCAAAAGCUUGUCAAGGGCAGUGGAAAGCGUUGAAAAAAGCACAAUCAGCUGGGAGGAUCUGUGGAAAAUGGAGGCAGGUGGAAUCAGCUUACCUCUUAGAGCUAUAUAUGAUGUUCUUCCCUCUCCUACAAAUCUCCAUCAGUGGUCGGGCAAAGAUCCGGCAUGCCCUUUGUGCACAGUACCAACAACACUCAGGCACAUCCUUACUGAGUGCAACACAGGGCAGAUUCACCUGGAGACACAGUAAGGGCUUAAAACCCCUUGCUGCAGCAAGUGAAAAGAAAAGUAACCAUUUUCACUCCACUCAGAACAUCAUCAUCAGUCCCAUCAUUAUCCUUUGCCCGUAAAGGAGAACAACAAUCAGGAACUCCAGCACUAGCCAGGAAUGGUCGACUGGAGGUGCUUGACAUUGGGAAAUGCUUGUGGAUGUAGGCUAACAGCUCACAAUACCCCCUCAAAUAGUAACCUCUGCCCUAAGACCAGACAUGGUACUCUGGUCCAACACCAUUCGUACUGUUUACUUCAUCAAGUACCCAGUACUAUGGGAAGACGUCACGAACGAGGCCUAGGAGAGGAAGAUGCUGCACCACUCAGAUCUAUAGGCAGAGGCCGAACAGCAAGGCUGGAGAGUGACAGUCUGCCCAAUAGAGAUUGGCUGUUGAGGAUUCAUUGCAACAUCCACCAGAAAUCUUCUCAAAGAAAUUGGGGCUCUGCAGCCGAGCCUUGCAUUACACCAUCAGGGAAACAUUAGAGACUGCUGAGCACUGCAGCCAGUGGCUAUGGAUAAGGAGGAAAGACCCCAGGUGGGCUCCAAGAGGUUAGGGACACACACCCAGGUCUGAUCAGCAUAGGGUGACCCUGCCUCAGCAGAGGGUGUUUUGUAAGAAAAAGGCUGCAACACCCAAUGGCCUAAGGCAAUACAACUGAAGAUAUGUCCCUGUUUCUUUUUGGUGGGGGUCACCUGUGGCCAAUCCUGUGCACCUUUUCAUAUAGUCUGGUUAUUUACCACCAUUUCCUACACUACAAAUAAAUGAAGUACUGAGGUCAGAAAUGUUAAAGUAUUGUUAAGUUUGAUCUAGAACAUGCUCCUACAUUUGGAAGCCCUACCCUGACACUGACAAACUGUCCUCCUGCAGGAGCCGAUCGCAUGCGUGACGUUGUUGAAGAUAUGACAGGACAGAGACCGUCCAUUUUCUUUAAACUGUGCUGGCGUUACUUCACCCCUGUAAUUUGCUUAGUGAGUAUAAUAGCAGCUCCAGGUUUGGGGAAAAAAACAGACUUGUUCAAGUUACUGAUUAAUAUUAAAAACACUUCUACCUUGGCCAUAGCUAAGCACCAAAGUCCAUAUCUCAGGUUCUAGUUUACCCAUCUGCCUGUCCUUCAAGGUUUGCUUCAUCUGCUCCUUCCUGGACUAUCAGCCCCUGACAUCCAGUGAGGGCCAUGAGUACCCAAAGUGGGCCUACUACCUGGGCUGGGUAAUGGCCUUCUCCUCUGUGGCUGCAGUACCUGUAUGGGCUAUUUGCAAGAUCUGCACCACUGAGGGCCCCCUCAGACAGGUAACAACAUAAACACUCUAUUGAGGAUUUACAUUUAAACAUCUUUUAUUACACACAUAUAUAUAUGUCAUGUUUGUCUCCUACAGCGCCUGAUGGUGCUGUGGUAUCCUGUCAGAGAUCCUGGGGGUCCCAAGACAGACCUAGAACAUCCACUGAAUGAAACAGAAUUAAAAACCAUGUCUUGA